AUGGGCAGCCUACCGGACCUGACGGAACGCGCGCGCCCGCUGGACCCCCGACCGGCCGCGCGGACCAUCUCCGACCCGCACCGCCACCGAGCUGUCUUAACCCAGAUACCAGUCAGCACUAUAUACAGAAAGGAAUGGCCUUGGAGAAAGCCGAGAGUGCCGGCCAGGGCGCCGGUCUUCGGAGCCAUCAACCGCCGGCGGGACUCCGCGGCUUCCUCAGUUGGUGCCGCGUCGGUACGCCGGCUCAUCACGAGACAGCCGCCCAAAGUGCCCAAAGCAAUUGUCAGACGGUUCACCAUACUGUGCAUUGCGAGCGGACUCUGUGCAACCGCACUGCUACCGUUCACAGCGUUCGCUGGCGCCGAAGCCGGAGCUGUGCCACUCGCGAUCAUGCACACAGCGGCCGCAGUAGUCGCGCCUUUUUCACCAUUCAUACUUCAAAAAGCCGGACCGAGAGUAAUCGUUACUGUUGCCCAUGUGUUAGUUUGUGUUUUGUUGAGUGCGCAUACAGUGGCGACGCCACUGACAGUUCUGCUCUUCCUAUACGCCAUUUGCGGUGUUACGCUAUCGCCAAUGUCUCUGGCGCUCACCGUGUCUGCUACCUCACUGGCUCAAGCGGCUGGCGAUGAGUGUAGAAGGAAGAUAGCGUUAAGACGAGCGUUGAGAGGUCUGCGCGCGUCUCAAGACUUGGGACUGGUGCUCGGCUCGCUCCUGCUCGGCGGGGCACUCAUGAUAUGGCCAGAGGAUGUUACUCCACUCCAAGCGACGACAGCGGCAACUAAUGUGACAGUAACUGGAUGGCCGCCGCCAGAAGAAUUUUAUAUAGAAGAUGACUAUGAGGAACGGACAUGCGGCGCGGCGGGAUGCCCACAAAUACGCAUGUUGUCCGGUGGCGCAGGUCUGAGCGGGUCGGGGCGGAGCGCCCUCACCGCUGCUUGGGCGGGGCUCGCACUUGCUGGGGCUGCGUUGGCAGCCGCGGGAGCUAGCGCCGCAGCAGCCCCACCAGACUCUCGCGCUUCCAAACGGGACCCGAGGGCAACCCUCGCCGCACCCAUGGGACUAUUUAUAGGACUCCAGCAGGGGUUCAUUUACACUUCAUAUAUAAAGUGGUACGGCGUGUGCGUGGGCGGGUGGGUCGGCGCGUGGCGGGCGCUGUGCGGUGCGGGAGCGCUGCAGGCGCUAGCAGCGGCCACGCUCAGUAUGGCGGCGGCGCGCGCGGGGAGUGCGGGGGGCGCGGGCGGGCGGGGGGUCGCGGGCCGCGCGUUCGCGGCGGGCGGGGGCGCAGCGCACGCCUCGCUGCUGCUGGCGCUACUGCGCUGGCGAGCCGCGCGGUCCGACCUCGCGCUGCCCGCAGUCGCAGCAGCCGCGUGGGGUGCGUGUGCCGCGUUAUGGGACGUGCUGCAGUCGAGUAUUUGCGUCGGCGGACCUGGCUGGCGAGGACCAUGGUCACUCACGUUAGCAUCGCGGCACGCCGGCUUGGCGUUGGCGUGCGUCGCUCGCCGCUUGCUCUGCGUGAAAGCGCAACUCGCCGGCUUAGCGCUUUCGCUCGCCGCAGCACUCGCCUCCCACAUCGCACUCGAAUUUCGCCAACGCCGAACCGAGGCUAGACGCUCCUAG